AUGUUGAACCUAUCGAGCUUUGUGCAAAAGGCACAGCAGUUGCUCGAUCCCACCCAGGGCCUGAACCUGACCGAUUCCGACAAGAACCCGUCCAAGGCCUCCCUCUUCCAGAGCCAAUUUCGGCUGCCCGACUCCCAACACCCGCUCUACGAGAUCACAGCCGAGCUCACCAUCCCUCCUUCGAACGUGACACAGGGCGGCAAGGACCAAGAUAGGGGCUUCCACUACGCCGGGAAAUUGCACCUUUCAGAACAGUACCUCUGCUUCUCGACCACGCCUUCGAGCUUCCUACAGUCAGCUAGCACCUCGACCUCCUCGGCGUUUACCGGUCAGACUCAUGGCGGAGGACCCAGCGGCAACGGGUUCACCUUCCCGCUAAGCUCUAUCCGCAGGGUAGAGCGCCUUCACAGUCAGAACUUCCAGUUUGCUCUCGCGAUAACAACAUGGAACGGAAUCAGCCAGGAUGCCCCCAAGGAGAACAAGGACAAGAAGGAAGUGAGGGAACAACGGAUAACAAUCCAACUUGCCGGCACACGGGUAGCAUGCGAGCGCUUCUGUGAUGGUCUCAAGAAGGGGCUCCGUGCGGCCGUGGGGCACGUUGGAAAGCUCAAGAAGGUCAUCGGAGAGUGCUACUCGGAAUACCUGCUCCGACCUGAGGAACAGAAGAACGCCAACCCGCCUGACGCGGGGCUCGGCAUGAUCUUCCGAUACCCUGGUGAUCCCAAGAAGCUGCGAGAUCGGGCAAAGAUGCGCUUGUGGGCCGAAUACCUUCGAGAUAAUGGCCGGAACGUGACCUUGAUCCGCCAACCUACUUUCCACAAGCUCAUCAGGGUCGGCCUGCCAAACCGGCUGAGGGGCGAAAUCUGGGAGCUUACAUCAGGUUCCGUCUAUCUGCGAUUAGAGAACCCGACGUUGUAUGCCGAUACGCUCGCCAAACACGUGGGGAAAGAAUCGCUGGCCAUCGACGAAAUCGAAAAAGAUCUCAACCGAAGUCUUCCGGAGUACCCGGGAUUCCAGAGCGAGGAAGGUAUCGGCCGGUUGCGCCGGGUUCUUACCGCUUACAGUUGGGUCAACGCCGACGUCGGUUAUUGCCAGGCCAUGAACAUCGUCGUUGCCGCGCUGCUUAUUUACAUGUCGGAAGCUCAGGCAUUCUUCCUCCUAUCGACGCUUUGUGACCGGCUGGUUCCGGGGUACUACUCCACUACCAUGUACGGCACUCUCCUGGAUCAGAAGGUGUUCGAAUCCCUGGUGGAGAGGACCAUGCCCAUCCUGUGGGAACACUUGGUGAAAUAUGAUGUGCAGCUUUCGGUGGUUUCUCUUCCGUGGUUCUUGUCACUAUACAUCAACUCUAUGCCCUUAGUCUUCGCCUUCAGAGUCCUAGAUGUCUUCUUCGUCGAAGGCCCCAAGGUUUUGUUCCAGGUUGGCUUGGCGAUUCUAAGAAUCAACGGCGAGGAACUACUGGAUGCCACUGACGACGGAGCCUUCAUCUCGGUAUUGAAGAACUACUUUGUUCGGUUGGAUGAAUCGGCACACCCCAAGUCGGAAAACCCAAAGCUGAGAGCCGUUACUAGGUUCCAGGAGUUGAUGGUGGUGGCAUUCAAGGAGUUCUCUGGUAUCACACACAGCACGAUCACGGAGCUCCGCCUCAAGAACAAGGACGCCGUGCUGAACAACAUUGAGAGCUUUGCCAAGCGGACGGCCAUCCGGAACCUGGGGCCGGAGAGCAAGCUUCUUAGCACCCAAGAGCUCGGUGCGGUAUACGAUAGGUUCUACGGUGUGCUGUACGAGAGGCAGCAACGGGAUCUCCUUAUCAAGCAGGAAGAGGUAAGGAGAGCCAGGAGCAACCGGAUAUCGAGAAUCGGCCAAGCAGUAGAUGAGGGGAAUGUCGAAAAGGGGCGAGUUGGGUUGGGCCCGAGCACGAGCCUGAUGGACUACGAUGCCUUCAGAGAGUUUCUCGCGGGCAUCGCCAAGUGGGCUGUUUCGGACUCCCCUACCCAGUCUCGCCGUGACACCGGUUCUAGCAACGGGGGAAGUUUCUACAACAGCUUCCGGAAGAACGAGUCUUCUAUGUCUCCUUGGGGCAAUGGUCCUGAACCAGCAGACCACGAGUUCCUCCGGAGGUUGUUCAGGAAGUGGGACUUUGAUUCCAGUUCUGCGCUCACCCUCCAAAACGUUGUUACUGGCCUGGCUCGCAUCAAAGGAAAGCGGGAUAUCAUGGGAACGAUUAACUACUUCUUUGAACUGCAUGACGAUGAUGGGGACGGCAAGGUUGACCGGGAAGGCAUAUUGCGCAUGUCCGAGGCUUUGCUCUUCCUGUCACGUCGAGGAUUGGAGGGUGCGCUGGAUCGCGCAACAGCACCUAACGGGAUGAUGACGGAGGGCAUGGUGACCCCUGGAAAUGACGUGCCUGAUCAGUCUAUUAACGAGAGAUUCCUCGGGAGCGUCAGCGCAUUCAUCAGAAGAUGCUUUGAGUACGCAGACCCAGAUCAUCCCAAUAACCAAAACAGCCAGCAACCGGCACAACAGCAGACGGCGUCUCGCCAGGAAGAUAACCUGAUCGCCAUUGAUGAUGACGAUGCCGCUGCUGGCCUGGCAGACCCGGACGCCUUUGCUAUCGGUGACGAUGACGAUGACUUUGACGAAGAGAACGACGACGAUCUCCUAGCCAUGGACUCCCCAACCGCCAGCCCCCGUCUAGCGAAGCGCCCCGACACCGCCACAUCGAGCCUGCAACCGCCCUCGUCGCUACACCUCGACCCAUCCACGGCCCCCUCCUCCAUCUCCAACAACAACAACGACGAAGACCAUCGCCGCCGCGUCUCGCGUCAGCAAUCGGAAAAGGCCAACAUCGCCCUCGAUCCCAACAACCCGCUGCACAUCACCCUUCCCACCUUCCGCAUGGUCGUCCUAGCCGACGAGCUCCUCGAGCAAUUCUUCGACGGCGGCGGGAACUCUUCGGGCAACAACACCGGUUCGUCGUCAUCCUAUGGCGUCGUCGGCGGUGCUAUAGGGAACACCUUUUCCAACAUCGGCUUCUUCGGCGGUAGCGUUGGUGCGGGCGGAAACAACCAACAAGGCGGCGGUAGUGGUGGUGCAGGUGGUGCCGGCCGCGGUCUAAGAGGCGUGUUGGACAAUAUCGUCACGGACGGAAUGCGUGUCGCGGCGGAAGUGCGAAGGAGAAUGGAGGAGGCGCAGAGGGAGUUGGAGAAGAAUGCGGUGCAGGCCGGUGGACAGCAGCGGGCAGGGGCGAACCGUGAUGACGAAGAUGACGAUGAGGAUGACGGUGGGCCUGUUGAGGGCUUGUCGCUUGGUGGCGGGAACGGUGGCGGUGGUGGUGGUUCAGCUGCCGCAAGCGUGUCGGAGAGAAGUAGAGGGGGGGUGAGGAGUUCGGAUAGGGAUUUGUUGACUGGGGCGGAUGCGGAGGCUAGCGAUCCUACUGCUGAGGCUCAACUGCAACACGGUGCAGCUGAAGGGAGUGGAAGUGCUGGUGGAAAUGGUGCCGGUGUGACAACGGCUAAGGUUGUGGGCGUCGAGUUUGACGGUUAG